AUGGCGCAUAUGACGAAUCCGCUGGCGACGGCUGACCAGCUCUACAAGCGCAAUUCCUUCAGUUCCCUCCCGGCCGACCUGCAGGAUGUCAUCUUCUACGCGACGCAGUGCCUAACCCAGGCGGCCGGCGUGCUGCUCGACCUGCCACAGUCGACGACAGCGCAAGCAAAUGUCCUACUGGCACGGUACUGGCUUGUCGAGUCGCCAAUGGCCGGGGAAUUCAGCGACGUAUCUGCUGCAGCCCUCUACCUAGUCUCCAAGAUGGGACCCCUUCCGCGCACGACUCGCGAUCUGUCAAACGUCUACGCCUACCUCCUCUCGCCUGCAUCGCCCCUCUUCCGUGGCGAGGCCCCAGACCCUACCAAGCGCCGCCCGGACCCGGCGACGUACUACCAGACGGACGGAGAGUACGCUGCUUUCCAGACUCGGAUGUUGGCAGCCGAGGCACGGAUUUUAUGGGCUCUGGGAUUCGAUACGGCAGUGGCGCUGCCGCACGCGCUGGCCGUGACGUACCUUCAGGCGCUGGACUUCGUGGGGAAGCCCAAGGGCGAGAUGGCUGGGCGGGUGGUCGCACACCUGAAUACGGCGCUGCUGAGUCCGCAGAUGAUGUAUCUUACACACCAGCCCCACGCACUGGCGACGGCGGCAGUGUACAUCGCCGCCAGGGAGGCAGGAGCGAAGAUGCCCGAGGUGGCGUGGUGGGAGGUUUUCGAUGUCGAGAGAGAGGAACUUGGGUUCCUCGUCGUGGGAAUGAGGAGCCUCGAGGGCUGGGUGAGAGGAGUGAAGGAGACGGGCCUGCUGGCUGGCGGGAUGAUUACGAGGAGUGGCAUUGAGAGGGAAGCGAGGAGACGAGCUGGGGAGGGCGACGAGGAGGAUGAGCUUAUGGCCCUGAUGGACCAGAAGACGGCAUGA